GAAAUUCUGGGAGACUCUUGCUGCCAAACUCCCAACACAUGCGAUCAGCAUGUCUUCAUCAACAUAUCGUGGUUGUAAAAAUAGAAGUGCUAUUAUGAUUAGUUGCAGUGAAUAUCGAUAGUGGAGAGAGUCGAAUCCAUAAAAUAAUCACCGUAACAUCCUGUUAACACAAAACAAGGAUUUUUUUGUUGUGUGUGUAGGUUGAUAACUUGAUAUAUAGAAGUCAAGUUCCAUUUCAUUGCUUUGAUCUUCAUUUAGUCUAUCAGGUCAAUUAACCCAACAUAAAGAAAAUUCUUAAUAGAAGUGGGGACUUGGCACCCAAUUUCCAAAUUAUUUUUGAGUUCUGCGAUUUGGAAUUAGGGUGUUUUUAGUGAAGGUCUUUGGUUGUCAAUUUAUGUUAUAUGCAAAGCAUUUCCUGCAAGUUUCCUUCAAAUUCUGCCAUCGAAGCUUUGGACUUCUUCCCUAUAAUAGAUGCCACCAUAGGCUUCUGCAGCACUCUAGAACCAAUUUUCCAACUCCUGACGUAAUUUCCAGAUUAGAAAAGGAUUAAACGUGCUACUAAUAUUUUAGAAUUCAACAUUGACCAUUCAAUAUUUCAUAAAUAUAUUCAACACUUCAUCCUUGUGACAUCAACAAGAUGUCUUCGCAUUCUCUUCCGAUAUCUUCCCUUCUGGCCCUCUUCUUUCUCGUUGUCUUAACCAGAGUUCCAACGAUUUUAUCCGUCGACGAUCCACGGUACUCGACCUGCAGGGAAACGCUAACAUGCGGAAGCGUAUCAAAUAUCGGUUUCCUUUCUGGGGAUCGAACCGUCUGAGUUACUGUGGGCAACCAGGAUUUGAGCUGAGGUGCGAGAAUGAUAUAGCGGAAAUCAUGAUGAAUGAAAACACCUUACGAGUUCUUGACAUAGACCCUGAACGACAGAUUCUUAAGGUAGCUAGGGAGGAUUACUGGAAUGAUUAUUGUCCCACGAAAUUUACCAACACCUCAAUCGACUUCGACCACUUCAAUUACGGUUCAAACCUUAGGAACCUCACCCUAUUCUACGGAUGCUACCCGCUGGCAACCCCGACAUUUCUUCCUAACUGCACCAUAAAUAGUACACUUAUUGAUGUGUCAUAUGCUGUUAGAAACAUGUUGGGUGAUCCUCGCUAUGGCAUAUGCCGUGAAAUUGUCGUAGUUCCGGUUUAUGAAGCUGCAGCAAAGGACCUGGAGGUGAACACUAUGACUAUGCAGGCUGCUUUAAGAGGAGGUUUCGAAUUGCAAUGGAAAGCGGAUAAUGAUGAGUGCAGAAGAUGCAGAGAUUCAGAUGGGGUUUGCGGAUAUAAUCAAACUUCAAAUAGUUUCACUUGCUUUUGCAGCGAUAAACCUAGUGAAACCACAUGUUUACCACCAACUGAAGGUACUUUCUAGCUUUUCUUCCUUAUAACUUUGCUCAGCUGUUUGUUGUUGCAGAACUUACUGUUUCAUUGAAUAUCUCAACUCUUAAAUAACCUUCAUGGUUUGACUCAUUCUGAUGUUCAAUCUUCAUUAGCAAUAGCAGCAAAUUGACCUUGGCUACUUCAGAUCGAAUCCUAAUCUCCCUAAGCAGCCAAUGACUUCAUUAACUCUAACCAUUUUGAUUGGUCAAUACCAGUUCAUCUUCAAAUUCCAUGGUCGCUUGUUCUCUUUCCCAUCACAACUGCAUCAGCUAGCAGAUAAAACGUAGGGUCUUACCAGUUGCUUAUAGAUUCGACCUAGAAAUACUUUCAGCCAAAGUAGUACUAUUAUUGAUUUAUUCAAUCAUUAAAAUCAGAUGAUAUUUUCCAGUUACAGCUUUCUUCAAGUUUUCAACAACUCGAACUGAGUUUAUACCUUUAUGAGUUUCGAGUCCUGAGAGCAGUAUUAUAAUGAACUGGGUUAUUCACACUUAAUAAUAUAUUAUUGCCAUGGUAGGCUACCUAAAUUUCCAUUGACUGGCGCUUAAUGGUGGCAUAUAACAUAAGUUUCCUUUAGAAAAUUUUCAACUUUGAAUUAGUCAAAUACCAACUAUUUGAUCAUGAAGAUCAACACCAAUUCACUUUCAGACGCUCAUUUUAUAUCCAACUACUCUCAGUUUCUUUCCCUAAUGCUCUCCAUCCUCUCCGACAAUGCCAUCCAAGUUUUGGUUCAUCAUCAUCACCAUAAGCUUGGUCCUGAUUCUUUCUCCAAAAGCAGUGUUUUCGAAUAAUUAUUUGAGCUGCAGUGUUCGAUCCAGUUGCGGAAAUAUUUCGGAUAUCGGUUACCCUUUCUGGGGAUUGAAUCGGCCGGAAAGAUGUGGAUAUCCUGGAUUCAAGCUCAGCUGCAGUGAAAGUGAGCUAGAAAUCACAAUCAACUCUGCAACAUACCGAGUUCUUGCAAUAAACAAGGCAUCACAAACCGUUCGUGUCUCUAGAACCGAUUACAGUGAGAAUCUUUGUCCCACUCAUCUCAUCAACUCCACUUUUGGAAGUGAAACCAGUCCUUUUCAACAAAACGGGGAUAGUCAGGAUAUAAGGCUGUAUUAUGGUUGUCAGCCUCUCACAGCUCCACAAAAUCUCACAUCAAUUACCGGGAUUUCCAACCGAUUUGACUGCACAAUAAACAAUACAAAUAUCGUAGGUUAUUAUGUGACAAGGGAGUUCGCGGGAACUGUCAUCGGCACUUUCCUGAGAUCUUGCAGUAACAGUGUGAUUAUACCAGUCCCGAAUUCUCAAGUUCCGUCACUGGAGGAAGGCCGGGAUGCAGAUGAUUUGGAAGAAGCGGCUAAAAUUGGGUUUCAGCUGUGGUGGUCUGCAGAUGAUGCCCUUUGUAAUAAUUGUGUAAACAAAGGUGGGCAGUGCGGGCGUAACCUCGUCUCAGGUGAAUUUGAAUGUUACUGCUCAGAUGGCGAUGUUUGUUCCCCAGGUACAAUCUUUGUUCUUUGCUGUACCUGUUCAAAUAUCUCUUGUAGUGGGAUUUAAGUCGUACGAUUUCGGUUCCAAGAACCCAGUGUUUAGGGGAAACCCGAAGCCGGAAACUGAUGGAACAAGAUGUCGUCGAUCUUUGUUCCGACCAAACAGUAGUUCAGGGUUAGGUGGAUGUAGUUUGGUCUUGACCCUCUAAUAAUAAUAUUUUAUUAUUAUUAAAUAGUCCGGGGGGCCUGUCAUGUUAGGAAACAUGGACAUUGGGCCAUUCCAGAAUAGGAUUAUUGAAACUCAUUUAUUUGCUUUUCCCAAACGCAAAUCCCAUUACAGUUUUUCUUCUAUAUUUUGACUAA